AUGAAAACAAGAGGUGGAAGAAAAGAGAAACCCCAACUCUAUAGCCAUAUUGCUUCGGCUAUAAUACCAGUAACUAGUAUAAUUGCUGUUCCAUCAGCUGUACAACAUUUUCCACAACAAAAAAUACAUCCACAAGAAGAAUGGGGUCCGUUAGCAUCGACUCUUCUUCGUGCUUCUUUUACCGGUCAAAUGCUUAUUCCAUCAGCAAAUUUAAGUUCUUUAAAUCAAAGUAAUGAUGAUGAUGAUGGUGAAAAUAAUUAUCAGCCAUCGAAACCACGAACAAGUAUUGGACGAAUGGAUGCAAGUACAGAUGAAGAUGAAAGUGAUGAAGAUGGACAUAGACGUCAGAGAACAGCUCAAUCAACUGCUGUUAGAAGUACUUCAUCUCGAUCAGCAUCAUUGUCCGAUGCUGAAAAACGUCUUUUUGGUCAUAUUACAAAUGAUGAAGUUGAACAUGGUCUUAGUUCAACAAUACGUUCAGAUACUAAGCAACCACAAAACGCUGAGUCAUCACAAUCGACAUCAACAGCAACAACAACCAAUGAUAAAGAAUUAAAACGAGCAACUGUUACUAUUACACGACAACAGGUACCUAACUUAAUUUUGAAUCCAGCACCCAGUCAGUCAGGUCCAACAUCUGCUAGAAGUAAUAGUCAAGUAGAUGGUAUUGAUGGCGAAGCGAGAUCAAUAACAACAGCACGUUCAUCUCUUAAUGAAAGUACAACAGUACCAAUUAGUGCUCGUUCUGUUUCAUUUAAAGAACCUGUUAUUUAUGAAUAUGAUUCGCCAUCAUCUACUACUAUUACUACUGUUAAUCGCGGAUCUGUUCUAGAUAAAAUCGUAAUUCCACCACCGGAAGAAUAUCAACAAAAUUCUUAUGAACUUGAAAAACGUAAUCAAUUAUUGAAUGAUGAAAUUCAACAAUUACGAUUAAAUAAUCAAAAUCUUCAAAAACAACAAGAAGAAUUACUUAAUCGUUUACAAACAUCACAAAAACUUUCUCAACGCGAAUUAAAUGAUCUACUAAAACAAAGUGGACAUGAUCAAACAAAAAAUCUUGAAAAUUUAAAUCAAACAUUACAAAAUCGUUGUGAUCAAUUACAAAAUGAAUUAAUUUCACUAAGAGAACAUUAUGCACAAGAUCAAGGACAAUCAAGUGCAAGAGAACUUAAAAAUGAAAAUCAUUUUCUUAAAGAUUAUAUUCAUCGUUUAAAUGCUGCUACUAGUGAAUAUCAAACACUUCAUCCACCAGAUGCAUUAAGAACAGAUAUGAAUAAAGAUCAAAAGAAAAUGCAAGGCUUACCAAUGAAAGGACCAUCACCAAUAUGGCUGCUUAAUCAAAAAUUUCUUGCUCCAUUAUUUGUAUGUUAUGAUGAAAAAUUACAUGAAAGAGAAGAAUUUAUUAAGAAACUUCAGAAUCAACUUAAUGAUUUACAUACUGAAAUGAAAUCAAUAACAAAUGAAAAUUUAUCAUUACAUGAACGAAUUGCUCGUACAUCAUCAACAAUAAUAAAUCAAAGCACAACUCAUUUACCUGAUAUGGAGAAUAUAAAACGACAAGCUUAUCUUGUUUUAGAAGAAAAUAAAGUUCUUCAAGAACAACUUAAUUUACAAACGAAUCGUUUAAAUGAUGUACAAAAAACACAAAUUCAAGAAGUAUCAAAUUUAACUCGACGUUUAAUGAUUGUUGAAAAUGAAAAAACUGAAGGAGAUCGUACGUUAGCAACAAUUCGAAUAAAAAACGAAGAAUUAAGAAAAAAAUAUGAACAAUCAAUUAUUGAUGGUGAUCAUCGAAUACAUGUAGAAGAUCAUGUUAGAGAAGUAAAUGAAAUGAAACGAAUAACAGAUGAAUUAAGUGAAAAACAUGCUAGCGAAAUGCAAUUACUCCUCCGUCGAGUACAGGAUGCUGAAGCUGCUAAACGAACAGCUCAAUUAAAAUUAAGUGAAAAUCGUAGUGAUAUGGAACGAUUAAAGAAUGAUAUAAAAACGAUAAAAAAACUCAAUCAAAAAUUACAAAUACGUGUGCAAACAUUUGAAAAAAAACUUGAAUUACAGCAAAUGAAAGAACAACGAACAACAGCAAUGCUUGAUAAAGCUCAUGAAGAUGCAGAAAAAUAUAAAUUAGAACAAGAAGCUUAUUCAAUAUUAGCUAAAACAAAAGAAGAUGAAAUGAACAAAACAAAAGAAAGAAUGCAAGAAGAAGGAAAGAAAUUAAAUGACCUUGAAAAUCGUCUUGAAAAUUAUAAAAGUAAAAAUAAAGAACGUACUAAUGAAGUUCAAGAACAAAUAAAAAAACAAUAUGAUACUUUAAAAGUACGUUGUUCAGAAUAUGAACAACGUAUUAAACAAUUGAUGACUUUAGUCAAUGAAAAACAAAUUCUUAUUGACGAUUUAAAUUCAGAAAAACGUAAUCUUGAAGUGGAUCUUGAGACAAUAUGGCAAACAACAAAUGCUGAUAAUAAACGUAUGCUUGAACAGUUACAUGAAAUGCGUGUAACGAGUUAA